AUGCCGCCGAGGCGCAAUCCCCCACUUGCUGCCCCAGCCUUCGAUAUGGAACAGUUUGCUGCUAUGUUCCAGGCAUUCCAAAAUGCUCAGAAUCCUCCCCAGGAUCCAAAUCCUGCUCAACAACGCCUGACAUUGCUUGAGAGGUUCAUGAAGCAGAAACCUCCCACAUUUCUUGGGAAAGCAGAAGAGUGGCUAGAGAGCCAAGGAGAUGACUAUGAUAUACCUAGCCUCUCUUGGGAUGAGUUUGAGGCCCUCUUCAAGAGAUCGUUCAUUCCUGAGAAUCACCGACUAAGAAUGAUCAGGGAAUUUGAUGAUUUGGUACAGGGUGAUAUGACAGUGACGCAGUACCAUGCACGGUUUAUCGAGCUAUCCCGUUACAAUCCAGGUGCUGUUGCUGAUCCCAUGACGCGGUGUGAGAAAUUCUGGAAAAACCUGAGGCCUAGACUGAGGCAGAUGAUAGCCUCGACUGCUUCAAACAAUUUCCUUAAGUUGGUUGAUGCAGCAGAGCAAGCAGAGGCAGAGCUGAACAGUACCUAUGGGGAAUACAAAGGUUCAGGUGGGAGUGGAAAAUCAAGGAAGAUGGGUAAGAAAGACAAGCCACAUUAUUACUUCCAGCCACGACCACAAGGUUCAGGUUUUCAGCAGAGUCAGAGUUAUCAGCCUACUCCUCAAGCUUCUGGGAGUCAGAGACCCUACUUUUCGGGAGGAAAUGCCGGUGCAAGCAGUAGUCAUGGAAAUCGAGGCAGAGGACAGAAGAACAAGGGAAAGUCGCAUGGUCAGGCUUAUGCUGUCACAUCAACGGCAACCCCUGGUCGGGGAAAACAGGCUGAUCACUCUGUAGUUGAUGGUACGAUACUUGUCUCUCAUUCUUGGGCUCAGGUGUUAUUUGAUACUGGUGCCACGCAUUCUUUUAUUUCUAUGUUAUUUGCCUCAGUCCUACAAUUAAGCGUUGAUACGCAUGACCCUCCCCUAACACUUAGUACACCAAUGGGAGCCGAUCUAUUUGUACUACCGAUGGCUAGAUUUGACGUCAUACUGGGUAUGGAUUGGUUGAGUAAGUACCGUGCUACAGUGGAUUGUUACCGAAGACGUGUUACGCUUCUCACCAAGAAUGGACAGGUCAUAGAUUAUCAAGCUAAGAUAGGGGCAGUAACGCCAUCUCCUGUUUUGAAGGCUUGUAUCGGGGGUCGAAAGAAUUUGGAAAGCUUGGGAAUGGUUUUUGCGUUAGGAGGAGAAUCUGAGGCGAACGAUUCUUCGUAUGUCCCGAUAGUGGAUGACUUUCAAUAUGUGUUUCCAAGUGAGUUACUAGGGCUUCCACCGGACAGGGAAAUUGAAUUUUGCAUAUAUUUGGUUCCCGUCAAGAAUAAGUAUCCACUACCCCGCAUUGACAAGUUAUUUGAUCAAUUGGGUGGAUCCCGAUACUUUUCCAAGAUUAAUCUGCGGUCAGGGUACCAUCAGUUAAGGGUAAGAGAAGAGGAUGUUUCAAAGACAGCUUUUCGUACUCGCUACGGUCACUACGAGUUUCUCGUCAUGCCGUUCGGACUGACCAAUGCACCCGCCGCAUUCAUGGACCUCAUGAAUAGAGUCUUUCAUCCAUACUUAGACCGAUUCAUCAUUGUUUUCAUUGAUGACAUCUUGAUCUAUUCCAAGACUCAGGCGCCUUUGACAAGGUUGACGCGAAAGGAUGUUAGGUUUGUUUGGGAUGAAGAAUGUGAGGAAGCGUUCAUGGAGCUGAAACAUCGACUCACUAGCGCUCCUAUUCUCAUAGUCCCUAGCAGCAACGAGCCCUACACAGUGUUUACCGACGCUUCUAGGAAUGGAUUGGGAUGUGUGUUGAUGCAGCAAGGUCGAGUGGUAGCUUAUGCUUCACGACAGCUAAAACCCCAUGAGGUGAAUUACCCUACCCACGACUUAGAACUAGCUUUCGAGCUUUUCACUGACCACCAAAGCCUCAAAUAUCUGUUCACUCAACGGGAUCUGAAUUUGAGACAGCGGAGGUGGAUAGAAUACAUGGAGGAUUACGACUUCAAUCUCCAGUAUCACCCCGGGAAAGCUAAUGUGGUAGCGGAUGCCCUGAGCCGGAAAAGCCAUGGAGUUUUGGCCAGCUUAGCCUUCGAAGACUGGAACAGGUUGGCUACUGUUGGGAGUUUUGAUUUGCAGUGCUACGAGGAUAGUAAUAAGGCCUGCAUCUUCAACAUUGUGGCAACUCCUACCUUGAAACAGUUGGUGAAGCAAGGACAAUGGCAUGAUGAGGAGCUUAGUGAAGUUUGGAAUCAGCUUCAGAGUGGGGAACAGAUUGAAGGAUGGCAGAUAAGUCCAGAGGGAUUCCUCCUUCGGAAAGGAAAGCUGGUCAAAGUGGAUCAUCAGAGACCUGGUGGCGAGCUACAGCCCUUACCUAUCCCUGAUUGGAAGUGGGACCACGUAACGAUGGAUUUCAUCACAAGAUUACCUAGGACCCAGGAAGGGUAUGAUGCUGUAUGGGUUGUCGUAGAUCGUCUGACAAAGACUGCACAUUUCAUCCCCAUCAGAGCUGACUAUAAAGUUCCCAAGCUGUGCCGACUGUACAUCGAGAGGAUAGUCAGGUUGCAUGGUGUUCCGGUAUCUAUAGUCUCAUAUCGUGACGCUCGAUUUACAUCCAAGUUUUGGAAAGGGUUACAAAAUGCUCUGGGGACUGAGUUGAGAUUCAGCACCGCUUUCCACCCUCAGACUGACGGCCAAUUGGAGCGGGUUAUACAAAUCCUUGAAGAUAUGCUGCGUGCUUGCGUUCUGGACUUUGAGGGCAGAUAGGGAGAAUGCCUGCCAAAUGCCGAAUUCGCUUAUAAUAACAGCUACCAAGCCAGCAUCGGAAUGGCUCCAUUUGAGGCUCUGUAUGGUAGGCCCUGCAGAUCUCCUUUGUGUUGGGCUGAGAAGGAAGAACGCAUUAACCUUGGACCUCAGUUUGUGCGGGAGACGACAGAAAGAGUCCAAUUUAUUCAUGACCGUCUCAAAACCGCUCAGAGUCGACAGAAGAGUUAUGCAGAUAACCGGAGACAACCAUUGGAGUUCGAGAUUGGGGACUUUGUGUUCCUAAAAGUGACCCCAAAAUGUGGAGUUUCUCGUUUCAGAUUUCGAGGUAAGCUUGCACCAAGGUACACAGGACCAUUCGAGGUACUAGAGCGAAUUGGACCAGUUGCAUACCGCCUAGACCUGCCGCCUCAACUGUCCCAUGUUCACAACGUCUUCCACGUGUCGAUGCUACGAAAAUACGAACCAGAUCCAUCCCGAAUAAUAACGUGGACAGAUAUUCCGAUCCAGGGGGACACGACUUACGAGGAGUUCCCUAUCCAAAUUUUGGAACGUGAGGUUAAGAUACUACGUCGCCGUGAGAUCCCCUUGGUCAAGGUUCUAUGGCAAUAUCACGGAGAUGAAGAAGCCACAUGGGAGCUUAAGUCAGAAAUGCAGGAAAAGUAUCCUUAUCUAUUCUGA